AUGUUGCGCCUCUACGCCGUUCUCGCAUGUCUUGCUGGCGCUACACAUGGCUCUGACCAUGGGUCCGAGAUCCUUGACCAUUUUGCUGACGAGUACACGCGCCUCAAUAUACCCGCCUCUGUCGACAAUCCGCCGAGCCGGCUCGAGAUGAUGACGGCGGUGGUCGAUCGUAUGUCCACUGCCGACAUGAUUGCCACCGGUCUCUGGCUCACGCAAGAUGAGAUCGACGACGAGCUCGGUGUGCCUCACCACAAGCAGGACGGCGCUCACGCAGGCUCCGGCAGGCGACUGAAUCGUCUGGUUGAGCCAUACUCUGACAUCCACUCCAACGCCAUCGUACACAACGGAGGUGAGGUCUACUACUGCUUCGACGGGAGUGCCGAUUCAACCCGCCGGAGCGCCUUUGAGAAGGCGGUCAAUCGUGCCGAAGUAGAGAUCAACCAACUCGGCUUCUGCCUCACUUUCGUGCGCACGUAUGUAUGCGAUCAUUCGGCGAUUACGGUCGGCCGGUACGAUGACGACAGCUGCCACGUGGCGUCGCCCUGGGACGGCGAGGGGAUCAAGCUCAACAUGGGGUGGUGCAAUGACGACACGCAUUUGGGUGUUAUCGUCCAUGAGAUUGGACACGCCUUGGGCCUCGGGCAUACACACCAGCGCCCCGACCGUGAUGACUACGUGACCAUCCAUUUCGAAAAUAUCGACCCCGAAUGGAAGUACGCCUACGAAAUUGAUUACGACUAUGCCACCCACCUGCCGUACGACUACAACAGCCUGAUGCACUAUGGGGCGGUCGGAGGCUUUGCCAUCGAUCCGUCGAAAAACGCAAUCACACCCCUCGACCCGAAUGCAAAUAUCGGACGGCGGACAGGUGGCUUCUCCCUGACCGACGCGCGCCAGCUCCGCGACAUUUAUGGCUGCUCGGAAACGUGUUGCAGCUCGCUGAUUGUCAGCAUCUCUGGCGCUGCUUCCAGCAACCAGGGCAGCCGGGAGGACGUUUACACCGUCGUGCCCGGGGUGUCGCAGGGCGGCAUGCCAGUGUACAAACAGGGGUCGGGGUCCAGCUACCUUUACUACUGGCCCGAAUCCACCGAUUGGUACAUCGGCCGUGACUACGCAACGGCAUCAGCGGGCAUCAUUUCCCUCGACAACAAGCUACAGUGCCCGCAGCAGGCUUCCACCUGGGCGUACUGGGAUUCCGACAACUUCGUGGCAAACGCCGGCGUUUCUGUCAAGUGCUCCGUCUUGGACAGCUACGUACUCGUGACGAGCGGGACUUGUAAUGACGUCCCAGGGCGCGCGCGCAUUACGAGCGCGUUCGAAUGCGCACAGGCGGCUCAUGAGCUUCGCCCCUUUCUAAACGGGUAUUCAGAUGCCGACGUCACCCCAACGGUCCAAGAGGGCUCUGCUUCGUACGACCCCCCGGGCUGCUGGUUUGAAUCCGAUAGUUUGUACUUCAACCCCGGCACACAGACGGGCGAUUGCUCCACGAACGACAAGUGCCUCUGUCGAUUCCACACGCUCCGGCCGCCGUCUCCGCCGCUCCCGUCUCCGCUUCCGCCUCCUCUCGUGGUCGCCGGUGGCGGAGGCUGCUCCCCCAAUCUCGAUGACAUGGAGUAUUACGCCGCCGGGUUCACUGCAUCGGGCGCUCCGUACUACCGUCACCCAUCGUCCGAAUACUACAUCUUCUGGGACCCCGACUGCUACGGCGACGGAUCGGGAUCUGCUCGUUGGAUCGUGGACAGCGAUGCACCGAGCACCACCGCAUCGAGCGACCUCGAUGGCGACGGGAGCUGCAGCUACAAGGCCCGCAUCAACUCUGCCGACUCCUCCUCGCCGCCGCGCGGCACGAACACCUGGACGUACAACGCAGUCGGCUACACGGCCUCGGGGGCGCCAUACUAUCGCGAUUUCUCGUCAUCGUACUACAUCUACUGGGACCCCGACCCCGACGGCGACGGAUCGACAGCCCGCUGGAUCGUGGACGAUGAUGCACCGAGCACCACCGCAGCGAGCGACCUCGAUGGCGACGGGAGCCGCAUCUACUGGGCUAGCAUCUCUUCUGCCGACUCCUCCUCGCCGCCGCUCGGCACGGCGACCUGGAACAUCCUCGAGAAGCUCGCCGAACUGGCCGGCUUUGCCUUCGUGCCGCUCGAUUCGACGAUCGGAGUCUAUUCUGCACCUUGCUCUAUGGGCACUUGCGCAAACGUGGCCGUGAUUGCCACGUUCCCGGUGGUCACGCAAUCGGAAGUCAGCUUGGCUCAGAGCAACCUCGAACAGUACUCCGGGGCCGCUGGCGAGGACGCGUUCGAGGAGCAGAUGGGACCUAUCCUUGCUGGGGUGGGGGCGUCCGUCGAAACUGCCGUCGUGGUUGAGGUCGAAGAAGACCCGAAGCCAACCGCUAGCGGCAGCGGCGGCUCCCCUGUGGUCGCCAUUGCAGCGGCCGCGGCUGGGGUGGCCGUCGUGGCUGCCCUCGGCGGUGGCUACGUUUACUACAAGAAGAAGCGCCGCGCUGAUGAGCCAUCGAUGGCCACGAUCAAGCAGGGCGGCACACCAGAAGCGGCGAAUGUGUGA